ACCUCCAACCUAUAAGACUCACCUCCCAUUUCAUACCCCCACGGAUCUCGCUUCUAUUCUCUCUUUCUCUCUCUGGAUUCACUUUCCGCAUUUUCGUCCUCCCUGUCUUUUUUCUCUUCUUUUUUUGUUGAAAAUUGUUUCAAUUCUGAUCAGCGAAGUCGCUUUCCAUGGCGAUUUGUAGAGAAUUGGCGGGUGAAAAAUGGGUGUUGAUGACCACUGCACAAACGCCGACGAACAUUGCGGUGAUUAAGUAUUGGGGGAAGAGGGAUGAGGCCUUAAUUUUGCCUGUCAAUGAUAGCAUCAGUGUUACUCUUGAUCCGAGUCAUCUCUGUACUAUCACCACCGUCGCUGUUAGUCCCGACUUCGAGAAGGAUCGAAUGUGGCUCAAUCGCAAGGAGAUAUCUCUUUCUGGAGCCAGGUACCAAAAUUGUUUGAGGGAAAUACGCAGUCGAGCGAACGAUGUUGAGGAUGAAGAAAAGAAGAUUAAGAUAGCAAAGAAAGACUGGGAAAAGUUGCAUGUAUAUAUUGAUUCAUACAAUAAUUUCCCAACUGCUGCUGGCUUGGCUUCCUCUGCUGCCGGUUUUGCUUGUCUUGUCUUUGCCCUGGCAAAUUUAAUGAACGUCAAGGAAGAUCAUAGCCAGUUGUCUGCUAUAGCAAGGCAAGGUUCGGGAAGUGCAUGUCGUAGCUUAUAUGGUGGAUUUGUGAAGUGGAACAUGGGAAAAGAAAAGGAUGGAAGUGAUAGUCUUGCAAUUCAACUUGCUGACGAGAAGCACUGGGAUGAUCUUGUAAUAAUCAUUGCUGUGGUAAGUUCGCGACAAAAGGAAACAAGCAGUACAUCAGGAAUGCGAGAAACCGUAGAAACAAGUUUGCUUUUACAACAUAGAGCAAAGGAAAUUGUACCAAAGCGUGUAUUAGCUAUGGAAGAAGCUAUUAAAAAUCGCGAUUUUGCAUCGUUUGCACAAUUGACAUGCAACGACAGCAACCAAUUUCAUGCAGUCUGUCUCGACACUUCUCCCCCGAUAUUUUAUAUGAAUGAUACAUCCCACAGGAUAAUCAGCCUUGUUGAGAAAUGGAACCGUUCUGAAGGAGAACCACAGGUGGCAUAUACUUUCGAUGCCGGGCCGAAUUCGGUUCUGAUUGCACGUAAUCGAAAAGCUGCUGUAUCUUUGCUUCAAAGGUUGCUGUUCUACUUCCCUCCCAAUGCCGAAACGGUAUUAGACAGUUAUGUUCUUGGCGAUAAGUCAAUUCUUCAAGAUGCUGGGAUUAAGAGUGUUGAGGAUAUUGAAUCCCUCCCACAACCUCCAGAAAUCAACAGUUCAUCCCAGAAAUACCAGGGAGAUGUCAGUUAUUUCAUCUGUACCAAGCCCGGGAAAGGGCCGGUCGUGCUCCCCGAGAGUGAAUCACUACUCGACCCGAAAACCGGGCUGCCAAAGAACCUCUAGGGAUUGUAUUAGUCCUAUGCAAUGUUUUUACUGAAGGCGAGACUCGGAGAGUUCAGGUUAGAUGAUCGGUCAACCGAGUAUUCUAAGGUAAACUUGUGUUUGUUCACGUUAAUCCAGUUAAUGUUGAGAAUAAUUUCAGUGUCUUAGUAUUGUUUGCUUGUUUUGUUUAGGGCUGAGCUUCCAUUGUCAAAGAGAGUAAAAUCAUGACAAAAUAAAUGAAUUGAGAAUGAAUCUUCCCUUCUUUCA